CAGUCAGGAAGAUGUCAAUUUCGGACGCCAAACCGUUUUCUACAGCACUAGCAGUCAGCUACCCAAUAUAUCCCACAAUGAUCCAUUGUGCUGAUCGUUUAUCAUCCUUCACUAAUAAAAAUUGGCCAAACGCCUAUCACACCAAGGUCGUGAAACUAGCUGCCAGCGGUUUUUUCUUCACCGGUUUCGGCGAUUUUGUCAAGUGCUUUCAGUGUGGACUCGGACUGUCGGAGUGGGAUCUGGAUGAUGACCCAAUUGAGGAGCACAUGAAAUACAAAAACGGGUGUGUUUAUUUGGAAAAGUUUCAGAAAACAAAACCCUGUGUCUAUAAUUCAACAAUAGAAACCAUCACAGGAAGAACAUUCUGCGAUCCAUCUCAGUGUGAGUUUUGUCGCUGGGAACAGGAUACAAAAUUGAAGUGAGGAAUAAAUAAACGAAUCGGAAUCAUGACUUUAAUCUAUUAUUCUACGAAUGAUUAUUGUAAGUGCAGAAACGUUACGAAAGAGACGCACAAACGCACAUUGACGUACAAAUUGUAAACAAAGGCGCACAACUUAGUCUGGGUUGAAUUCGUUUACGGCAAAAAAAUCGAAAUUAUAAAAUCCAACUCCAAACACUGAUAACGUUGAAGCAGCCCCUCGUCAACGGACAACGUUUAGACAAGAUUUAGACCGGGCUGCACCAUCAUCGCUUUUUCCCAACUAUCGGCAGGAUGAAUGAGAGUACGGUGGUGCAGAGUAUACGAGAAGGGUUCUGGUACCUUCCGAACACAGUCAACAGUUUCUUGCUUGCGGGAACCUCCAGUUCGCCCUUGGAUUCAUCGGAUUCAAAGAUAGCUACCGAGCCGGAUGGUAACAAUAACGACGAAAACGACGACGAUGUUGAUGAAGAUGAAAGUAAUGGACCAGCCGAUAAUGGGCAAGUUGCGAUCGGCGAUAGCGACUUGGGAGAAGAUGAAAGUGGUGAGUUAAUGCGAAGUUCCGUGCUUAGUUCCCUGCCCUGCCCUGAACAGAAUACAGAUCCGGGAAACGGGAUGCUGCUCCCUGGCGAGGAUUUGAUAGUUUCACGUGACAUUUCGUACGUUAUGCUACGCGAACAUUGGCAAGCAGUGCUGCUGGGCCAAGAAGCAUCACUGGCGGAACUAGACAAGGCAAUUGAAAACUGUAAAGCGCUUGUUCAUCCCAAAAAGACGCAUGAUGAGGACGACCGAAAGUGGCUGGUACGCUAUUUGAUCGAGUUGCGUUAUCGUCGUCGGGAGCUUCUAGACGUUGAUCGUGAUCCGGCAGCGAUUCUCGCCGACACGAAAGUCAUACUGGGGCAUCAUUUUGUUCGACGGAGACAACAUACACACUAUAAGCAAAUUUACUGUGACCACUGUUCGUGCAUAAUUUGGAACUCAGUACAGGCAUCGUAUGUUUGCAGUGAUUGUUUCUUUGCCGUGCACGAAAAAUGUGUCCCGAAGGUGGUUCGCAUCUGUGCUCACGUAGUUACGACCGAACACAGUGCCCCGAUCGAAAGCAUAUGCCCCGAGAUAGGACUGGCAUUUCAGCGUUAUACAUGCGCCGAAUGCGGCACGCAAAUGGCUUGUCACAUUUCCUCUCCUGUCAGAUGCUUCGGAAUGGAGUUUAAAGCCAAAAAACUCAACUCUUUUGAACCACGGCUUUGUGACUAUACCGGGCUUUACUACUGUACGAUCUGCCACUGGAACGAUACGAGUGUAAUUCCGGCGCGGGUGAUGAACAAUUGGGACUUCGUGCCGCGCAAGGUGUGUCGUGCUUCAAACCAACAAAUUUCUCUACUACUUCAUCGACCCAUUGUAUUCUUGGAGGAAAAAAAUCCACGACUCUUUGUUUUUGUUCCAAAACUCUCGGAAGUGAAACGGAUUCGCAACCAACUCGUAGCAAUGAAGAAGUAUCUUACGACAUGCAGGUUAGCCGAUGAAGCGCGCAUCGUGGCAGUGCAACUUGGUGAUCGGCGCUAUUUGGUGCAAACGGUUGAAAAGUAUAGUGUUGCGGAUCUAGUUGGAGUGGAAGAUGGAUCGUUGCUUAUUUUUCUACAGUCGGUACACGCAGUGUUUGAGCAACACAUAAGGAACUGCUUGAUUUGUUCAGGAAAAGCGUACAUAUGUGAACUGUGCAACAACGAUGCUUUGCUAUUUCCCUUCGAUGUUUGCGCGGUGACCUGCGCGAGCUGCAAUACGGUUAGUCACAGGGAUUGCUACCUGUGGAAGGACAAGAAGUGCGCCAAAUGUGCUCGUUUACGCAAACGUGCUCUUCAGACAACGAAAACACUACAGGACAUCGAAAAUGGCAAUUAAUUUUCGAGAGAAUCCUCUGAAUAACCCGAAACUCAUCUCUAUUGCUUCAACCGGGCUGUACGAUUGAUGCUUUGUUUAUGCACUUCGCGAGGUCGUGCUUUUGUGCAAGCGCAACAAUAAACAUCUGUUCAUAC